AGCCCAUAAAAAAGAGCCCAGGGCUGUCCCUGUCAGUGUCACUGGCCGAUCGCCUACCUUCCUUAGGUGACUCCGACCACAGCCCACCGCGGCAGCCGGCGAAGUUUCGUCGCAGCCUCUGAAGCGUCCCUGGGUUCCUCCCGAGCGGCAGCGGCGGGAAAAUGGAGCAGGGCCCCGUGCGAGAGCCGGCGAAGUCGCGGGACCCCAGGUGCAGCAAUGGGUGCAUUGAGGGAGAGCCGCCGCGGCCAGGGCCGAGCCGACCCGCCGAGAAGCCGCCGCGGCCGGAGACCAAGAGAGCCCAGGCGAUGGACGGCUGGAAGGGCGAGCGGCCUCGCAGCGAGGAGGAUAACGAGCUGAACCUCCCUAACCUGGCGGCCGCCUACUCGUCCAUCCUGCGCUCGCUGGGCGAGAACCCCCAGCGGCAGGGGCUGCUCAAGACGCCCUGGAGGGCGGCCACGGCCAUGCAGUUCUUCACUAAGGGCUACCAGGAGACCAUCUCAGAUGUCCUAAAUGAUGCGAUAUUUGACGAAGAUCAUGAUGAGAUGGUCAUUGUGAAGGACAUAGAUAUGUUUUCCAUGUGUGAACAUCAUCUAGUUCCAUUUAUUGGAAAGCUCACGAUUCCUGUCUCCUCUCCGAAGGUUCACAUCGGGUAUCUUCCUAAUAAGCAGGUCCUCGGCCUCAGCAAACUUGCGAGGAUUGUAGAAAUCUAUAGUAGAAGAUUACAAGUUCAAGAGCGCCUUACGAAACAAAUUGCUAUAGCAAUCACAGAAGCCUUACGACCUGCUGGAGUUGGGGUAGUGGUUGAAGCAACACACAUGUGUAUGGUGAUGCGAGGGGUACAGAAAAUGAACAGCAAAACUGUGACCAGCACGAUGUUGGGCGUGUUCCGGGAAGAUCCAAAGACUCGGGAGGAGUUUCUCACUCUGAUUAGGAGCUGAAUGUCAGCAUGUGCCCCGUUCUGUGCAGAUCACGCUUCUCGUAGCCUUGUUUGUCUGGCUUUAGUCGUUUGUACAUUCCAUUCUCAGUUGUAACAGACGUGAAACAUGCCUCGUCACUGUGUGUUAACAAUUAUUUAUUGCAAGUCAAAUAAAAAUAAUUAAUAAAGGGGUGGGCCCUCUACUUUCUUCUUGCCACCGUUUAGUGGCAACAU